GACGGAAAUUUUCAGGUCAGUUUUACGAUAUCCUCAAAACAAUGAUAUCAUGAAAAAUUAAUAAUCUCACUUUAUUUGACUACAGACAUCCGCAGCUAAAACACUGAGAAAAAUAGUCAGGAAAUAAUUAUAAUGAUGACUUCUCUACGAUCAGAAAAAGUUCGUACAGUAGUCGUGAUUCUGUUGCUGAUAUCUAUGCAAUGGCUGAUAACUGAGGGAAAGGUAUAUUAAAUUUAAAUUUACUGUUAUAUUACAGACGUUGCAUAUUGAAAAUAGCUCAAAAUCCUUCUGGGGACAUUUGUAUAUGUGGGAGAGCCACAAGAACGCAGCAAAAUUCCUGAGAUUAUUAAGAUAUACUAAAAAUUAUUAACAAUAUAACAGUUAGAAAAUCGCGCUAAUUGUGAGCGAGUUGGGUCUAUAUUGCGUGCCACGUCAUUACUCCCUUGUUCGCGAUUACGACCCUCAUCAAGAAAACAGUGUUAAAUUUUCACUAUAAUUAGAUGUAAAAUACGUGCUUUUAAAGUGCACCCCAAAAACUGGACAAAUUAAGGCUUAUCUGUUCUUUACCCUUCUUUCGUCAGUUGUCUGUUUGUUCUAAAUCGAAAGAAGGGAAACAAACCUUGUAUCGUAAGGUGUCAGGAGAUGACGGAGUUUUGAUAUGCAUCAAAAACAGUGGACAAUAUGUGUGGAAAUUUCUAGAUGGUAAGGUUAUAGGGUAGGCCGAGGUAUAGGUAGGCCGAAGGUACAGAUUGAUAAUCUAAGUGCUAAGGAAUUGUCAUAUGUUUAAAAGAUUUUAAAAUUUUAACAAACAAAUUUGGAUAUAAUUUUUGUAGUUUUUCUUUCAAUUUUCCAAGAAAGUUUCAUGAUUUUACUAUAUUUUCAAUAUCCUGCUGUAGGUUCCUCUACGCUUGGUGAAAGCUUCAACCCCGCAAAAGAUUGCUCUGAUAUAGUAGACAAUCUUCCCGAAGCAAAAGAUGGUUUUUAUUGGAUAAAACACACUAAGGGAAAACCUUCCAAGGUAUCGCAUCUCACAAAAUUUUUUCUAGUUAAGACCAGGGUCUCUUUAAAAUAUCAGAGGGGAGCUUAUUUGAAGUGUGGUGGGGGCUAAAUAGAGGGGACAUAUAAAACAUGAGAACGCAGCUCGAGUGUUUUAUAUCUGAUAAAGCACGAACUGCGAGUGUUUUAAAUGACUUCAAAAACUCAUUAAUAAUUCAUGAAGCAAUUAUCCAAUCUUGAGUAAGAAAUUAGUCACGUGCAUACGUCUUUAUACCAGCUAAAGAACACUUUAACAAAAGACCAUUGUUAUGCAAACUAUAUAAAGAUUUUUAUAUAAAGAUUUUCACUGAUAUAAAGAUUUUUAUAUAAAGAUUUUGAUAUAAAGAUUUGACUUAUUAUGCAAACGUUUUUGAAGCCAUUUAAAAAACUCGCAGGUCGUGUUUUAUUAGGUCUAAAGCCACUCGCGCUGCGCGCUCGUGGCUUUAAACCUAAUAAAACACUCCUGCUCGUUUUUUAAAUAGUACUUAAAAAACUACACAUCUGAUGAGUUCAUUAGCGAGGUAUUUUUAGGAAUAAACGUUGUCUAAGCCGAGAAAAUCAAAGCUAAAGUUUAUAAGAAUUAACAUACUUUUAUCACAUAUAAAACCACGGAAGUGAUUUUCUUUGUCUUUUCCUCAUCAAUUAUUAAUAAUUUUUCCAAUAUAACUAAUACCCAUGUAAACGUUUCGUAGUUAUGAUAGGGGAGGGAACUCAAUAGGGAGGAAGGCAUCAAAGAGAGGUGGGGUUAACGAGAGGAGCUGAAUAAAUUUCUUCCUACAAAAAGGGGGGACUUAUUACAGAGGGGCUUUAUAGGAGAGAGAACUUAAUAAAAUAUUUAGAUCAUGGUAUUAAUAGUAUUAUUAUGCUGCCUAAACAAUCCCUAGGCGUGGUGUGAUACACAUACAGACGGCGGGGGGUUUACGUUGAUCGGAAUGAAGAACAGUCCAAUGACGUGGAAUGUUCCAUCCAACGAGAAACCAGUAGAUCCAAUGGGACCUCCUCAUUGGUCCAGCAAGUUUGGUGACGUCAACGUGCAGGAUUUUGCAAUUCAAAUCUCAACUACUAAGAAUUUUAAAGACACAAAGGCACAUUGGUAAGUGAGAUAAAAUGAAACAACCUGUCGAAUAAGUAUUGUUAAAGAGCAAAGAUACCAUACUAUACCACAUACCAUACAAUAUACCAUACAAUAUACCAUACAAUAUACCAUACAAUAUACCAUACAAUAUACCAUACAAUAUACCAUACCUAACCUACCAUCUAUACCAGUCCAUAUAUACUUGUGGUAUUACAACUCAUAAUUGUUUUUAAUAAUUUGUAUACAGGUCAUACAGGUUAAAAACAAACCGUGCUCUUGGCAAUCUGUUUGGUGUUGGAAGUGGUGGUUGUACAGACUUUCAUUCAGGGAUUGGAAAUGUGUCUUAUGUUAAAGACAUCCUUACUGAAACAGUGGUCACUACAAAAUUCAACUGUUCAAAAUUUGGACCUCAUCAGGACAUCAACCUGGGAUGGGUAACUGUGAUAGUACACUGUUUAAAAUUUUCCUGCCUGAACUAAAAUAACAUUCAAAAAUUAUAAUUCAAAAAAGGUUGUCCUUCCGAACUCUCUAAACUGAAACUCUAAGCGCAAUAUGUUAUAUGUUAAUUUUACUGGUUAAAUUUCUUGGUUAUAUGCCAUCCCACAAAACCCUCAUUUUUUUUUUAAAUUAAAAAAUAUAAUUGAUAAAUAUGGUAAGAUUGAAGUAUUACUAACGCUAUUAUUUUGUUAAAUUAAGAAGGUCUCCAGCGACAAUAUGUCUAUUCAUAAUAUUCUUGCUUUUUCAGGGAAGGAUGAAUUCCUGUCUUAGAAACAAAUGUCCAAACGGUUAUGCAUUUAUAAAAGGAUUUCCUUUCAGACUCGACAGUCAUGGAUCUUUUAGGUAAACAUGCAGAAUGGAUCUAGUAGAAAACAAAUGUUAUUCUGAACAAAGUGUGCAUGAAUAACAUUAGUUUUAUAUUUGCUGAAUAUAUCAGCUAGUAAAGGAGAAUGGGCCUAAGCUUGUCUCUGUUGGGCCUAAGCUUUGAAUCGGAUUUCGGCUUGCAAUGUGUAUUUUCCUCCUAUCUUGUUGUGUAUAUUAAUUUUGGUCUAAUUGUGCCGAGCAUAACGUGAAAGUCUGGUUUACCGUUUUGCGCACAAUUUAAAAACGUGUACGAUAGUGUAAACCUAUAAAAAAGCUUAAACUUUUGAUCAAAAGCUAUAAAACGCAAGUUUCGUAUUGACUGAAACUGCUGCAAGAUGUUAUAGCUUUGAUCAAAGAAAUGUCUUUACUAACAUAUUAUUUGAAUUUUCAGUUAUAGUGCAAGUUCAGAGUUUUCAGGUAUCACACACGAUGCCACAGCCUUUGUUGGUUGCGAUGCUGGCAAGGUUUGUAAGAUUUUGAUAAGGUUUGUAAGCAAUACCACAGUAGAUAUGUGCGAGUAACUCCUAUGGUUCAUGCAUAGCAGAUGACCUACCCAUUGACAGUUUUGAGAACUGAGAAGAGCGUAUUUUGAAAACAUUUUUAUCCAAAUUGGGUAAUUUUACCUACUGUUUCUAUAUUUGUCUCUGAGUGUGUCCAGAUCGGGCAAGCUGAAACGUUUUACCACUCGAUAAGGUAACAUAUAUAACGGUAAUAGUACCACAGAUUUUAACUGUUAAGGAAUUGGAAUAUCACUAAUAUUUCAAGUUAUUUCCGACAAUAUGCAAUGCUCACACUCCUUAUCUUUAGUGUUGUGCAUGUUUUGGACCCAAAAGUGGAAGAGGUCAUUACUGCAGCAGAAAAUGUAAAGCUGUUAAUGGUGGUACCAUCCUCACUGGUCAGGUUUACGUCUGGUACUGGAUCAGAACACGCAUGCCUGAACGACUGUGGAAAAGAUGUAUGGAGUUUAAGAUGAAGACUGAAGCUGGGAAAUUUGAAACGUAUUAUAUUGAUAGAAAGACCGGCACUGCUCAUAAGGUAUUGUGCGGGGGGGGGGGUUGUGGUUAAAAUAGGGCAGGAAUGAAUAACAGUCAAUUUGUAGCAAAAACGUCUUUUCGAAGAAACAUUGAGAAGUUUCGUAGAAUUAAGCACUAUCGUGCACAAGACCUUGUUUGGGAAGCAAAUGAAUAAUACUAUAGAAAUCAAUUUUCAUGCCUAUGAGUCUCGAUAGUUCUUGAAAUAUGCACAAAAGAUUUUUCAAUAAAUGUGAAAUUCAUUUUAUACAAUUUUUUAUACAGGGUACAUGUUCAGAACAAUUUCAAACAUUCUUGAAUGAAGGUGUAAGUCAAUAUAGUUUCUUAGCUUCACAAAUUAUGUUUUGUCUGCAUCCGGAGUUUCAUUGAGUUUAAUAAUACUCUAUGAAACUGUGAAUGCAGAGUUUCAUAAUUAUUUUUUAAAUGUUUGCUGUUGAAUCGAAGCCUAUACAAUCAGUUUGAUAAAUUAUUAGCUGUUAUUGUUAACUCUUUCAGACACUCCUGGUAAAAAACAAGGAAAGCUUUAAAAAUCUCCCACCAGUUCCAGGACUGCUCUUAUAUCGCGAGGACAACGAAAAACUUUAUGUCAACAAAGGAAAUAAAUGGGAUGAGAUAAGUAGUGAAAAAGAAGUGAGUUAAGUUGAUAUACUGUAUGUCCUUUCAAUUUGAUAUAUGUCCUUUUUUAUGAUUCAUGGCCAAUCCCCAGUCGUGAAAAACCUAACAUGAUUUUAAAAGCAGUUGCUACGACGGCAUCGAUGUUUAUUUUUCGCUACCAAUAUUCAAAUGACUGGACAUCAUUGGGAAGUGUUGUUUUUACACAACUCUCGCAAAAUGGGUAAAGAAAAUUAUGAGUGACUACCUUCAACGCUGAACCGCCAAUUCUGUAAACUCGCGCGCGCUGUCGCGCAGGCGCUUGACUUAUAUAGUUCAAUUCAAUUCAAUUAUUUACAAGACAAACAUAACGAAAGAUGCAUGUGACGAAGAAGCCCAAGUAGAAACCAUAAGGCUUAUUGAGUUAUGGGCUUCCACAUUUAUAAAAGUAUUACAAUAGUUUAUUCACAGAUGUGCUAUAGUAGUCAGAUAGACUUGACUCAACUAAAUUUGGCAUAUCUGGGUUUUAGAGUAUUAAAACCCAAGUAUUAAAAACAUGUUAUAGUCGAGAGAAUAAGAAGUUUCUUAAUUUGAAUUUGAAUUGUUGAAGAGUUGGUGCAUUACGAAUAUCGUUACUCAAUGUAUUAAAAAAACUUGAACCUUGAUAGGACACAGAAAAUUGACGUAACUUAGUUCUACACAACGGUACAUAUAACAAUUCAGCUGUCCGCAAGUCAUAGCCAUGCACCUAUUUUACUCGUAACACCAGGUUGUCAAAGUUUCUAGGAAGCCUAUUAUUUAUGUAUAAAAACAUGAAUUUCCCCAGAUUGUAAAAAUAAAUAUCUUUGAACUUAAAUAUUUGAUUAUCUUUAAAUAAUGGAUGAGUGUAGGCAUCAAAUUCUACCUUAUUGAUAAUUCUAAUCACCCUUUUUUGGCCGAGCAAUAAGAGACGAUUUAAUUUAUAAGGGUAUGUUGAACCACACACUGUUACACAAUAUUGUAAAUAAGGAUAGACAAGUGCAUAGUAUAGUGUACGUAGAGCUACCUUGGUGACACAAAAACUUACUCGAUAUAUGAUACCAACCGAUCGAGAAAUUUUACUAGCAAUAUGCGAAAUGUGAAGUGACCAAGACAAGUGUUCAUCCAGGAUCACUCCAAGAAAAACUACAUGAUCUGUGCCAUGUAGUGCAUGAUCAUUUAUAUACAGCGGCAAACUAGUAAUUUGUCUCUUUUGCCGUGGUCUAAAAAUAAUAUAAUUUGACAUCUUUAAAUUUAAAGAGAGCUUAUUGGCUUUAAACCAAUCAGAUAACUUAAGUAACUCUAUAUUGACGAUCGAUGUUGGUCAAGUUAGAUAGAUAUCUCAUGAUGAGAAAAAAAUAGAUUGGUAUCGUCAGCAAAUAAGACCAAUUCCAAGGCAUCUGAGACAUUGCAAAUAUCAUUAAUAUAUAUCAGAAAUAGUAAUGGCCCAAGUACAGACACUUGAGGUACUCCACAUCUUAUAGUAUUAAACGAGGACGUUACCCCAUUGCAUUCAACAUAUUGUUGUCUGUUUGAAAAAUAAUUUCUUAGCCAAUUAAGUGCCAGGUCACGAAUUCCAUAAUGACUGAGUUUUUCGAAGAGAAUUUCAUGAUUUAUAGUAUCAAAUGCCUUUGAGAGGUCUAAAAAAAUCCCCACUGCAUAUUCUUUUUUAUCAAUUGCUGAUGUUAUCUUGUCUAUUAAAUCAAGUAAAGCUAAUGAAGUAGAUUUAGUUUUCCUAAAACCAUAUUGGUAUAAUAUACCGGUUUACUGUAUAUAUUACUCUAUAUAGUGUUAUUAUUAAGGUAAUAUAGAGGAAUCCGGUGUGGCAUGCCUAGAACUUGGCAAUCUCGUUCAAGACAGAAGAACCAGGGGAUGAUUCAAUGUGUGGGACCAUUAUACUCCUUUAAACCGUCGGUUUGCAGGCUAUAGGCAUGAUGGGAAUGAAAACACUUGAACUCCAACGUUUUUUUGUCAUUUUUCGUUCCCUCGACUGUACCAUGCCUAGAGAAAAAUGUCAUGUUACAUUAAAUUUUAAAAUAAAGCCUUUGUCCAACGGUAUAACGUAUACAGUUGUGACUGAUGUUAUAUAAUAUGCCGGUUUACUGUAUAUAUAACCUACAAGAACAAAUAAGCAGUCUAUUUUGGCUUGUGCUGCAUUUUAAUUAAUCAGCUAGUGCAUUUAAAUAUUUUAGACAGAGAAUUUAACAGCUCAAGUUAAACAUCUCCAAAAGAAUUUACAAAACAAAAAUUCUCAACAAGACACGAAAACUCAAAACCUGGAAACAAAUACGAAUGCAAAGUUACAAAGUCUUAUCAAGAAAAACUCUCAACAAGAUUCGCGAACUCAAAAACUGGAGACAAAUACAAAUGCAAAGUUACUAAGUCUUAUCAAGAAUAAUUCUCAACAAGACUUGCGAACUCAAAAACUGGAGACAAAUACAAACACGAAGUUGAAAAGUCUUGAAGACACGUUGAAAAAGAUUGAAACAAAACUAAGCAGUAAGUCACAGCUGACUAUGCUAGACAAGAUAUUGCUUAUUGUGAAUACAGCUAUUUCAGUUAAGCUGUUAAGGUUAAUUGCAGUGACGUUCCAGAGGGGGGCGGGGGUGGGGUGGGGGUAUAGCCUAUACGGUAUUCUUUGCUAUAUAUGUAUUACAGAUAGCUGUAUUACACUUGUAUACAUAACAAACCGAUAAAUGGUUACCACUACUUGCUUAUCCCAUAAAUAUCUCAUUCCAUUAGGCGCUUGUAUUGUAUAUUUUACUACUUCUUAUAACCGUCACAAGCAAUGUGAAUAGCCUUAAUUAAAAUAACUCAAAAUGAUUUGGUGCAUGUGAAAUACCAAGUUAGGUCAAAAUUCAGGUUUUGAAUGAACAACCAUCAUUUGUGUAUAUAAAACUGAAUAAAAUUUACAUUUGUGGUGUUACUCUGAGUGUAUAUCCACACCGGGCAAAUAUCAUAUUAUAAAUAUCACAAAUAUCACAAAUAUCAUAUUCACCUGAGUACACUACACCAACACAGAAAAAAAUUUACAUUAUUUCAUUUCAUUUCAUUUCAUUUCAGGCAAGUCGGUGUAUGGUUCAAAACCAAACCCUGGAAGGUCUUGUAAAUAUAUUCUGGUUGCAAAUAAAUUAGCCGUUUCGGGUACUUACUGGAUCAAGCUCACGUCCAGUUUAAAACCCUUUCAAGUUUACUGUGAUAUGGAAACCCAAAGGGGAGGCUGGACCUUGGU